AUGAAAAAACAUCGUGGAAUACGAAAUCAUGUAUGCACAGUGUGCAAUAAAGGUUUCUAUGAAGUGUCCAAGCUUAAUGCCCAUAUGCGAGUGCACACUGGCGAACGUCCGUAUGAAUGCCAGUUCUGUUCCCGUCGUUUCGCCCAACAGUCUGCCCUCAUCUACCACCGACGUACCCACACGGGGGAGAAGCCGUACAGCUGCAAGCUAUGCUCAGCUCGGUUUACUACCUCCUCCGCGAGGAACAACCAUAUGGUUACGCAUACUGGUAAUAAAAGGUUCGUGUGCCCGGUGUGCUUCAAGGGCUGCACGUCGCGCACGGAGCUGCGCGUGCACACGAGCAAGCACACGGGCGAGAAGCUGUUCGCGUGCGAGCAGUGCGACCAGCGCUUCAGCUCCGCCUCCUACCUCGCCGUGCACCGCCGCUACCACACCGGCGAGAUGAAGUACCAGUGCGUCGUCUGCGGGAAAGGUUACAUAGAAUCAAGUUCAUAUAAAAAGCAUAUGAAGACCCACGACGUGAAGUCUGAGACGGAGUCGUCGAAUAACUCCGAGAAUAGCGCCGAGAACCAGUCGAAGGGUGAAUCCUGUUUGUCCGAAACGCAGCAGGCUGUCUCCGGUAAUGAUGAAAGCGGACAGGUGCAGGCACAAGUUACCACCGUUCAAGGUCAAGUUCAUAUUCAAGUACAAGGUGGCGACCAAGCUUUGCAAGUUCAAGGUCAAGGAGAAAAUGGAACACCACAGAAAAAGUACAAGUGCGCUUUUUGCGUUAAAACCUAUAUGUACCUACAUAAUCUUAAGAAGCAUAUGUUGUUACACACACAAGAACGCGCUCGGAAUUCGGAACAAAUUAUCUUUCUCCAACAACAGCAGCAACAGCCCCAACAACAGCAACAGACUCAGCAAGCUCAACAACAGCAGGUGCAGCAGCAGCAACAACAACAGGUGCAGCAGCAUCAACAACAACAACAUACGCAACAGUUGCAACAACAGCAACAAGUGCAAGUACAGCAGCAACAAGUUCAACAGCAACAGGUGCAACAACAAGUUCAGCAACAUCACCAGCAACAGCAGUUGCAGCAACAAGUGUUACAAGUGGGUAAUGUGCAACAACUCGCAGUACCGAUACAUGCGCAGCACGUGCAGCAAGGGAUAACGGUUUCGGGAGUUCAGGGCCAGCAUCCUUAUCCGGUGAUCUCGUCAGUGCAGUCACUGCAGUUACAGCAAACACAACAGCAACAGCCGCAGCAACUUCAAGUACAAACGAUACAAAUACACCCGCAACAUCAGCCGAUACAAAUUCAUGCGGUGGGGGUACAACAGGUUCAACAGCAACAAUUACACGUGGCUACUUCCUCUUGCCAGACAAUGUUACCCAACAUACUGCAGCUCCAGCCCGGUACGGUGGCAGUGUCGGGUCUGAGCCAGCCGGAGCUGGGCGGAGUCACGCACCGCAUCAUCCUGCAGCAGCAGCCUUCCGCCACGCACCCCGCCGUCUACACCAUACACCACUGA